UCUAGAUCUGAGAAGCCGGUAGUCGAGAGUGAUCCCGACGGAGACCGUGUUCCAGCUUUGUCAACACUACUGAUAGUCGCCCAGUGUCGCUGUGCAUUCAUCAAGUUCAUACUUUACAUAUUAAUAGUUUGAUAAAGUAAAUAGUGGCAACAUGUUUAGCAGCGGCACACGCACGGUGAAAACAUUUUUCUCAGAUGGAUCGGGACCCCCGAAGAUGGAGACGAAAACAUACUCGUUCGGAGGAGACGGUGGUCCAAGCAUUGGUAUGGGAGGUGGAGAGUUCAACAUUGGCUUUGGAAGUACCUUUGGUGACAGGGGGAUGCGUUUUACCCAGGGUGGUGACGCUGGGGGUGGUGACGCUGGGGGUGGUGGCAGCUCAUCCGGAGGAUUCUCCAUCCCUGGGGGAUACCGCUUCUCAGGCUUUACCCGGGGUGGGGGUGGGGCUGGGCCGGGGGGCCAUGGCCGUCACUGCAGCCGGGAGCCAGAUAUCGGGGGAAGAGCUACAAGGAAAGAAAAGAAGAAUCCGUUUGCUGGGGUUGUCAACCAAAAAUACGAUGAUAUAAAGAGAAAGUGCCUGCAAGAAGGAAUACUUUUCGAGGAUCCCGAAUUCCCAACAGUCGAUUCAUCGAUAUUCUUCAGUCGUGCUCCCCCAAGGCCAUUUGAGUGGAAGAGACCUACGGAAAUUUGUGAUGACCCCCAGUGGAUCUCGGAGGGCGCCAGUCGGUUUGAUGUGCAGCAGGGAGAACUCGGAGAUUGCUGGCUGUUGGCUGCAGUUGCCUCCCUUACAUGUAACAACAAGUUGUUGGCAAGAGUUGUCUCCCCUGAUCAAAACUUCACAGAUGAUUACUGUGGAUUGUUCAAGUUCAACAUCUGGCAUCAGGGAGAUUGGGUGGAGGUUAUUGUGGAUGACAGGCUACCCACAUACCACAACCAGCUAGUAUUCAUGCACUCUGUGGAGAGGAAUGAAUUCUGGAGCGCAUUGCUGGAAAAAGCUUAUGCCAAGCUUUGCGGUUCCUAUGAAUCCCUGAAAGGUGGCAGCACCAGUGAAGCCAUGGAGGACUUUACAGGAGGUGUGACAGAGAUGUUUGAUCUCGCCAAAGCCCCACCAACUCUGCUCAGGAUCAUGUUGAAGGCUUUUGACAGAUCAGCUCUCAUGGGGUGCUCCAUAGAUCCUGAUGGUCAAGCCUUGGAGGCGGAGCUUAGCAAUGGUCUGGUGGUUGGCCAUGCCUACAGUGUCACUGCAGUGAAACUGAUGGACAUAGUGCUCCCACGAAGGAUCGAUGUUCAGACGUCCCGUGUCUCUGGUCAGAUCCCUAUGGUCAGAAUCAGGAACCCGUGGGGUAAUGAGGCCGAGUGGAAGGGAGCAUGGAGUGACCAGUCCCAGGAAUGGUCCCUCAUUUCACCUGAGGAGAAGGAGGAGAUGGGACUCACCUUCGAUGAUGAUGGAGAGUUCUGGAUGGCCUUCCAAGACUUCAAGGAUAACUUCACCAAGCUGGAGAUCUGUAACCUUGGGCCGGACUCCUUGGAAGAGGCUGAGAUUGGCAACAAGAAGAAGUGGGAGGUCAAUGUUCAGCAUGCUGACUGGAAGAGGAGGGUCAAUGCUGGCGGUUGCCGCAACUACAUUGACACCUUCUGGACAAAUCCUCAGUUCCGAGUGACCUUGACCGACCCUGAUGACGAUGAUGAUGAUGAGAUGUGUACCAUGAUCACAGCACUACUGCAGAAGGACCGAAGGAAGAAGAGGAAGGAAGGCCUUGACCUUCUCACCAUUGGUUAUGUCAUCUACAAGAUAGAAAGUCCAGACAGUGGACCUCUUGAUGUAAACUUCUUCAAGUAUAACGCCUCGGUGGCCAAGUCGCCAACAUUCAUCAACAUGCGUGAGAUAUGCGGGCGUCACAAGCUACCUCCAGGCACAUACGCCAUCAUCCCGUCCACGUUUGAACCCGGCGAGGAGGGAUCCUUCCUGCUCAGAAUCUUCACUGAGAAAGCCAAUGAAACUGGUGAGCUGGACGAGGACAUCUUAUGUGGAGGACGAGAUCACUUUCGUCGCCAUCGACCUCAACCUAGACCUACUCGACCAACAACGGUGCUCGGUUUCCAAACUGGGAUUACUUCCGAUGACAUUGUACAAACGCAGGCAAUCCCGGUAUCGGCAGGGCGGAGACAGGAGGCCCCACCACCGACGGAGGAAGAGCAGCAGCAGGGAGACAGCUUGAGAGAAAGCUUCCGAAAUAUUGCAGGCGAGGACAUGGAGAUCGAUGCAUAUGAACUCCGGGACAUUCUCAACUCUGUCUUCACAAAAGACACUUUUCUUGAAUUCGCCUUCGAGGGCUUCGCCAUUGACUGCACUAGGAGUAUGGUUGCCAUGCAUGAUGGUGAUCUGUCUGGCAAGCUGGGUUAUGAUGAGUUCAAGGCCUUGUGGCUCGACCUCAGAAGAUGGAAGGGAGUUUUCAAAGAGUACGACCGUGACGGGAGUGGACACCUGAGCUCAUAUGAAAUUAGAGCAGCUCUCAAAUCUGUUGGUUUCCGACUGAGCAACCUAACAGCCAGAUCUGUUGUGAUGCGUUACAGCAACAAGGAAGAACAGAUUGAGUUCGGCGACUUCAUUAUGUGUGCAAUCCGACUCAAGACUAUGUUGUCUUCUUUCAAAUCAGUUGAUCCUGAGGGUCAGGGAAUUGGAGCCUUUGAUGUCGAUACUUUCAUCCAAACCACAAUGUACUCCUAAAACAGUCGUCAUGACAACAGUGUCAGCCAUAUUGCUGCCAGUCACUUCUGCCAUAUUUGAUGUUCUAUAUUCUACCAACAUUUCAGUCAGUGUUACUUCAUACCACGAAUCUCUCGAUGUUGAUGAUACUACGCCCUGGUUGUGUGUAGUUCUCAUUCCUAUUUAUUGAUGUGUUUGUAAACAGUUUCUAUAACAAAAUCUUCCAUCUUGAUAUACGACUUCAAACUUGCAAUAAUUUUUAUGUUUUCACCUUCUGAAAUGGAUUUUGUAGGACAUAUUCUACUUUUCCAUUAUUAUUGUUGUUUCUACUGUGAAACUGUUGAUAAAAUGUCUUUCAUAAUAAAAUGUCCAGUUCACUCAGGACUGAAAUGAAACCACAUCCUAUGCAUUUGAUUCAUUCUUAGAUUUGUGAAUAAGAAAACUAUGAACCUCAAGUCCAGAGUACUAAUGCAUGCUCAAUACAAGAUCUGGCAGUAUUAUGUCACAUCUUUGAAAUAAUUUAAAAUCUGAACUGGAACACAGUAUGAAACAUCCUUACCUCUGCUAUGGUGACACAUUCGUCCAUACUAAUACUGCAUAAUGGCAUUUAGCCUAGAACCAUCUUCAAAGCUUGUUAAAAUAUAUUUCUUGUUUGUCAUGACCAGCCUUCCCCUAAAACAAAUGGCAGGGAAAAAAAUGUUGUUGACUUUGGAUUCCGCAGUGGAUUCCAACUUUUGUAUAACCUUGCAGCCUGUCAGAUUUGCAGGUAAACCUGGCAAGAAGGGGAAAUCUGGUAGACAAGAAUUUUGUUUUGUAAAUUUAUGAACUCCUAAAUAAAAAUUAUUUUGAAAAUUCAAAUGCUCCCCCUGAUCUAAAAAAUUAUCACAGCAAAUAAGAAUAUUUUUAAACUUGCAGUUAUCUUACUCUUUUGAAAUGAAAAAGUUAUUUCAGCUAGACCUGGACUCUUGCCUUAAUUAAAUGAUUGUUAUGUGUUGAAUAAAUGCUUCUUCCAUUGUUAUACAGUAACAAAUGCAUGUCUGAAUUAUGUUCAGGUGCGAAGAGACUGCAUGAAAGAUUUUUAAAUGACUAACUGUUAAAUGGGAAAUGUAUCAAGUCCUGAUGAGUAUCUCAUAUCAAAGCUGGAAAUAUGUCUAAGUUACAAGACUUGUUGUCUGGAUCUAUAUUCCAACACCUGCAUUACUUAAUAGCAUUAUUAUCCACAAUAACUAUAUCUUGUCUACAUAUCUGGUCAGUUAUUGUAGAGGUUUGAGAAAAACUAAAAGUCAUGCUUGAACAAUUUAACUUAUGAAUGACUUACGGACAAGGCUAGACCAAUUUGAUUCUUUGUUUACAGAAGUUUAAGGCAAUAGAUGAAAAAAACAACAGUCCUGAAAAAUCAACAAAAAAAAUCAUUAAAUUUAAAAUAAAAAUUUUGCAUUUCUUUUUCAAAGAAGCUUUUAAAUUAAGUAUCAAUGUACAAGUUGUAAAAUGCUGGAGAUUAAAGUCAUGAACAAAAUUACAAAAUACCAGUUUUUAACAUUUCAAUAUUUAGGUUGGUUUAUAUGACAACAAGGGCAGAAAUUGGUUCAGUCUGUGAAGUGGUCAAAGCCCACAGAUUAGUGAAUACUGUUCGUUUGAUUCAAUAUUUCCUGCUUGCUGUAUAUUGUGCCUUGAAGAAUCUGUUAGGCAAGUAGCAACACCGCCCAUCUCACACAUACAAUGCGGGUAUUUUUGUUCUUGAAGUUCUGUUUGCUGAAUGUCCAGUGUAUCGCUUCUUUUAAGGAACAUCACAAUGUUUAUAAAUGUUUGUGACGAUAUACAUCUACUUGUCAUCAUAUUUAUUAUAUCUUUCUGAUAAGAUACUCUUUGUAGUCGUUAACGUUGCUGUGUUAUUGGCCCAACCGUUCUGAACUGCUGGUUACAACCAUAGAUUGCACUUUCAGUUGACCCGAAAACGUUUGGAUUUUUAACAAUAUGGAUGAUCAUAUAACAGUACAACAGAAUCGUUUAUUCAGCUUGUUUUGAGCCAUAACCAUUUUGAAAAAGGCCAAUUAAACACAGCAAAUGUCAUAGUAUUUAUCUUGCUAGGACUAUCAGUAAUAUGUAUAUAGGAUGCCAGUCUCCCCUGUGUUAGCACUGCUUUGUUUUUGUUUUAAUAAUUGUUUCAUCGUGAACAAUAAUGUAAAAUUCAAGAAAGGAAAAUAUAUUCUUGAACAAUAUUGUACAGUUCUGGGGGAUAAAAAUACAACCUUGAACAAUAUUGUACAAGUUAAGAAGGGAACUACACAAUUAUGACAUAUACUUCUAUCAAGAUGAAUACUUUUGUUUUGUAGUUAAGAUUGACGAUGAAAUACAGAGUGCUACCAAUUGUUAGUUUAGUUGUUAGUACUUGACACCAGUAAAUACUGUUUGUUAUUAACAGACUGACAUGGAUUGUUGUUGAUGCUAAUCAUUAUAACGUAGUUUAGGUGUGAAGGCAAAAGGAUAAUAUUCUCACCCAUUUAUUGAUUGUAAUGGUGCAUGUGGCAUUUUUGGCUUAGAGAUUUAUUUAUGGAUAUAAUGUUUAUGAUAUGGACAUUUAUGUACAUUUUUAACUUGUAGUUUGCUUUAUGUUUAAACAUUGGCAGACUCGAUGUUCUGUUAGACGCCGCAGUCUUUGUUGAAUGUUAAUGCAGUUUAUUAAAAUUGUGUAGCUCA